GUACACCCCCAGGGAGGGACAAGACUGGGGCCUCCCCUAUGUGGGCGGGGCUGGGCCUGGCCAGAGCUGGCUGGGAUCUCCCUCUGCCUGUGGCUGCAGGGACCAUCCAGUUGGGUGGUGAAGGGGCACGUGGCAGCCUCUGGCGCCAGCAGCCGUUGCGUUGGGCACAGUUGGAAGGAGGAGAGAGACUUUUGCCCAGAGCUGACCAGGGCACCACUUCUGGGGGCUCCUGGAAGACUGUGGACCUUCAAGCACUGAAGCUCCCUGCUGUGCUGAGGCCCGGAGCCCCCAUGGCUUCACUGAGCCGAGCCCUGCGUGUGGCUGCUGCCCGCCCUCGCCAGAGCCCUACCCGGGGCCUGGGGCCAUGCAACCUGUCCAGCACAUCUGGCCCCACAGCCGAGAAGAGUGUGCCACAUCAGCGGACCCUGAAGGAGGGACAAAGCACCUCGGUGGUGGCCCAAGGUCCGAGCCGACCCCUGCCCAGCACAGCCAACGUGGUGGUCAUUGGUGGAGGCAGCUUGGGCUGCCAGACUCUGUACCACCUGGCCAAGCUGGGCAUGAGUGGGGCGGUGCUGCUGGAGCGGGAGCGGCUGACCUCCGGGACCACCUGGCACACGGCAGGCUUGCUGUGGCAGCUGCGGCCCAGUGACGUGGAGGUGGAGCUUCUGGCCCACACUCGGCGUGUGGUGAGCCGGGAGCUGGAGGAGGAGACGGGACUACACACGGGCUGGAUCCAGAAUGGGGGCCUCUUCAUCGCGUCCAACCGGCAGCGCCUGGAUGAGUACAAGAGGCUCAUGUCGCUGGGCAAGGCAUAUGGUGUGGAAUCCCACGUGCUGAGCCCGGCAGAGACCAAGACUCUGUACCCACUGAUGAAUGUGGACGACCUCUAUGGAACCCUGUAUGUGCCCCACGACGGUACCAUGGACCCUGCUGGCACCUGUAGCACCCUCGCCAGGGCAGCCUCUGCCCGAGGAGCACAGGUCAUUGAGAACUGCCCCGUGACUGGCAUUCGUGUGUGGACAGAUGAUUUUGGGGUGCGGCGGGUCGCAGGUGUGGAGACUCAACACGGUUCCAUCCAGACGCCCUGCGUGGUCAACUGUGCAGGAGUGUGGGCAAGUGCUGUGGGCCGGAUGGCUGGAGUCAAGGUCCCACUGGUGGCCAUGCACCAUGCCUAUGUCGUCACCGAGCGCAUCGAGGGGAUUCAGAACAUGCCCAACGUCCGUGAUCACGAUGCCUCUGUCUACCUCCGCCUCCAAGGGGAUGCCUUGUCUGUGGGUGGCUAUGAGGCCAACCCCAUCUUUUGGGAGGAGGUGUCAGACAAGUUUGCCUUCGGCCUCUUUGACCUGGACUGGGAGGUGUUCACCCAGCACAUUGCAGGUGCCAUCAACCGGGUCCCCGUGCUGGAGAAGACAGGAAUCAAGUCCACGGUCUGUGGCCCUGAAUCCUUCACGCCCGACCACAAGCCCCUGAUGGGGGAGGCACCUGAGCUCCGAGGGUUCUUCCUGGGCUGCGGCUUCAACAGCGCAGGAAUGAUGCUGGGUGGUGGCUGUGGACAGGAGCUGGCCCACUGGAUCAUCCAUGGGCGCCCGGAGAAGGAUAUGCAUGGCUAUGACAUCAGGCGCUUCCAUCACUCGCUCACGGACCACCCCCGCUGGAUCCGAGAGCGAAGCCAUGAGUCCUACGCCAAGAACUACUCUGUUGUCUUCCCCCACGAUGAGCCGCUGGCCGGGCGCAACAUGAGGAGAGACCCGCUGCACGAGGAACUCCUCGGACAAGGCUGCGUGUUCCAGGAGCGGCAUGGCUGGGAGCGACCGGGAUGGUUUCAUCCCCAAGGCCCAGCUCCGGUCCUCGAGUACGACUACUACGGGGCUUACGGAAGCCGCACGCACGAGGACUACGCCUACCGCAGGCUGCUGGCGGAGGAGUACACCUUCGACUUCCCGCCCCACCACGAGACGAUCAAGAAGGAGUGUCUGGCCUGCAGAGGGGCUGCCGCUGUAUUUGACAUGUCCUACUUUGGGAAGUUCUACCUGGUGGGACUGGAUGCAAGGAAGGCUGCCGACUGGCUGUUCUCCGCAGAUGUCAGCCGACCUCCAGGCUCCACCGUGUACACUUGCAUGCUCAACCACCGUGGGGGCACCGAGAGUGACCUGACUGUCAGCCGCCUGGCACCCAGCCACCAGGCCUCCCCGCUGGCCCCCGCCUUUGAAGGGGACGGUUACUACCUGGCCGUGGGCGGGGCCGUGGCCCAGCACAACUGGUCCCACAUCACCACCGUGCUGCAGGACCAGAAGUUCCAGUGCCAGCUCAUCGACAGCUCCGAGGACCUGGGCAUGGUCAGCAUCCAGGGCCCAGCCAGCCGGGCCAUUCUGCAGGAGGUGCUGGACGCAGACCUGAGCAACGAGGCCUUCCCGUUCUCCACCCACAAGCUGCUAAGAGCCGCCGGGCACCUGGUCCGGGCCAUGCGGCUGUCCUUCGUGGGGGAGCUGGGCUGGGAGCUGCACAUUCCAAAGGUGUCCUGCAUACCUGUGUACCGGGCUGUGAUGGCCGCAGGUGCCAAGCACGGCCUCGUCAAUGCAGGGUACCGCGCCAUUGACUCCCUGAGCACUGAGAAGGGCUACCGGCACUGGCAUGCAGACCUGCGGUCGGACGACAGCCCCCUGGAGGCAGGCCUGGCCUUCACCUGCAAGCUCAAGUCACCGGUGCCCUUCCUGGGGAGGGAGGCCCUGGAGCAGCAGCGGGCCGCAGGCCUCCGCCGGCGCCUGGUGUGCUUCACCGUGGAGGACAAAGUACCCAUGUUUGGCCUGGAGGCCAUCUGGAGGAACGGCCAAGUGGUGGGCCAUGUCCGGAGGGCCGACUUUGGGUUCGCCAUCGACAAGACCAUCGCCUACGGUUACAUCCAUGACCCCAGUGGUGGGCCGGUCUCGCUGGACUUUGUGAAGAGCGGGGACUAUGCCCUGGAGAGAAUGGGGGUGACCUACGGUGCCCGGGCCCACCUGAAGUCUCCCUUCGACCCCGACAACAAGAGGGUGAAGGGAACAUACUGAGGGCACAGACCCCAUGCCCCAUCACAUGCUGUCCGUCCAUUCUCACAGGUCCCAAAUGGCCCUGGAUCCCAGGACCCUGGACCCGGCCAGAACUUGGGCCCUCCCUGUCCUUAGUCUAGGCCUAGUCCUGCUAAAACCCCCAAACCAGAUACGGACAGAGACCAAGAUGGCCCAUUGUGUGGUCACUGACCAGAAGGCGGUCUCUAAUCCGCCCCAAUCCUCCCAGAAAACAAGCCUGUAAGUGUCUUGGGCUCAGGGACCAUGGCUUGUAGUCAUCUCCAAGCUUCUAGAAGGUGCUUAGUAAAUACUUGAUAAGCCCCACGUGAAUACAGGGAAGCAAAUAGGCUUCGUCUUUUACCCCAAGCUUGACCGAUCGGUGGUGGGCUUCCCUGGGGCACUUGGCUGAAGAGCAUGAGGCUGUGUCUGGGUCAGGAAAGAGCGGUGAUCGGCUGGCACUGUCUGCCACAGUGCACAUGGAGGCCUGGGACCAAGGCCAUUCUGCAGGAUGGUGCCUCUCAGAUCUCAGGCUGCAUCAAAUGCCAAGUUUUCAACCCCAUCAGACGUCCGCCCCAGACUAUUCUCGGGAAGCCAGUAUUAGCCUGCCCUUCCCUUGGUGCUGAGGACAUUUGACUUAGCAAUUAAUCCAGCUGCCAGAUGCCUCCAGGAAGCAUCUUCCUGGAUCUCCAGGCUGCGGCACCGUAUGCGACUAACUCCGCAUAGACCCUGGGCUCCUGACUGCAGCCCACUGGGCUCGGGAUAAAUUAGAUGCCUUCGAAUGCCAGUGGGUCUCAGACAAGAAGAAAAAAACCAGCUCGCAGAUUCAGACUGGUUCGUUUCUCACCUUCCCCUCCCCGGCGCUUUAUUUAAAGGUGCAGGGGGCAGGUUAGCGCGCCCUGCUCACACCACCGGCAUUUGGCACCAGUGUGGAGGUGUCAUCCGGAAAGGGUGGCUGCCCUCCCUUCCUGGCCUCUCUCUCUCCCCUCUCUCUGCUGGCUGGCUGUCUAGGCCUGUGUGUCACCACCUGGCACUUGCUCUCAUUAUCUUGUGCAAGUGCUUUUGCCAGCAGUUUGGAGUGCAGGCCCAUCACCCCUCACUGGGAUCCCCCAUGAGGCCUGCCCGACUGCGUGCCCCACCCACGCCCGUGGCAGCGCACCGGGAAGCGGACAGCUGAGGACUUGUUGCAGUGCAUGGAGAUGGGCGCGAAGUCGUACAGGGCCUUCAGUACGUCGCGGUUGAAGGAGUUCCAGGGAACAGAGGCGAACUGCUGAGACACGGACGCCUGAGGACAGGAUCCCAAAGCCGCCCUGCAAGUUGGAGAAGACCCGUCAGCCCCGGGCCGUGCCACGCAGACGUUGCCGUCCAGCAGCUUUCGCCCCAUCCACGUGUUCACUGCGUCCACUUGUCUGUUCACUGCACCAUGCCAGGCAUGCUCUGGGGAACUAAGUCCCUGCCCUCACAGAAUUGCCACCACUGGCAGGAGAAACAGGCAGCGAGUGAGUUAACCAGGACAUUCCUCUCAGGUGCCGAUGAUGCUGUGAAGAAAAAUGAAACGGGACAAGCAGAUGGGGUGUUACUGUGCCCAUUUUAUGGGUACAGAAGCUGAGUCUCAGAGCAGGCAAGGGGAUGCCCCAUGGUGGCCACAGCAUUGGUGGCACAGCCUGAGUGGACCCAGCCUCCCAGCCAUUGUCUGGAAGCUGUCCCCAUGACCUCCAGCGGGAGCCUGGAGCCAAGCACUGCAAGGGAGGCCCUUUCCACUGCAGCCCCACGCCGUCCACCAGUCAUUUCUCGAAUGCGGCUCUGAGGGGAGCAGGGACUCUAGAAGACAGGACCGUGACUAGAGGUCGCAACAACCUCCAGCCUCUCAGGGCAACCCUACGGCCUGCCAUCGCAUGGGAGAGGCAGGGCAGGCACGCUCUGAGUCCCCACUGCCAACUUUAAGCCCCUAGCUGGGUUGCUGCUCUUGGAGCUGGUGACUGUGGAGCCUCAGCCAUGGGAGGAAGAAGAACGCCGGCAGCUUGGAGGAGCUGGGGCUGGAGAGAGCAAAGCUCCCCCGGCAGCAGCUCAGAUCCCAGCAGGUCAGGGGCCAGGACAUGACGCCCUGGCCACCCUUGCUCGUCCAGGCUCCCCGCUGUUUGUGAAGCUGCUGUGGGCCUGGGGAUUUCAUCUGGCUAGUGGGGAAGAAAGGCAAUCGUCGCUCUAUGGCAGAACAAAGGGACUGGGAAAAGCUCAGUGUGGUGCUUACACCAGCUGCCACCCCCUCCUCCCAUGCAAAGAGCAUGGGGCAGUUCUGCCCAGAGACCAAACCUGGCGCCUGUUGGCCAGGACGGGGCUUUGCCAGCAUUGUUCUCUGGGCCGGAAGCCGGAAUCCUCCUUUCCCAGCUUUUCUCAUCCAUCCCGCCCGCGUCAGAUGGGGCAGAUAGGCCUCCUGUGUGAGUUCCCGUCCCUCCCCACCCUCCGCCGCCGCAGACAUCAAAAGGGAACUGAGUCCGACCCUGUGCAGGAUCUGUUCUCCUCUUUCACCUGGGGAAGGAAAUCGAAUUUCAAAGGCCGCUGUCUCUUGGAUCAGCAGGUGAGGAGCUGUCAGAGCAUGAGAAGCUCAGAUCCACCUGGGAAGCUGCCCUCCCCUUUGAUCCCGCCUGGUGCUGUGAUGUAGCCACCGCCAAGAGGAGGGCAUGGGCCAGGGACGCCACAGAACUGCCCGCUGGGACACUGGUACCGAGGGCCUCGACCUCAAGAACGGGCAUCUGAGAUGUCAGUGGUGCUCACCAGGGCUGGCAGCCCUAAAUGCCCGGGGACGUGGCAUCGGUUCUGCCGCCAUGAAGCCAGGUUGGGCAGGGAAUAUGCAGUCUCCUGGCUGGAUACCCAGCAAGACCCUCCCGUCCCUGACCCUGGCGCUGUGCCUGCAGAAUGGGGCGAUGCUGGGGUCCUGCCUGGGGUGCUCCACUUGCAGAGCCCUGUGUCUGCGAGCUCACUCAGUCACUGCACAGGUGCUCAGCCAAGAGGUGGCACAGUUGGGGUUAGCACCUGCCCCCAUACCAGCCCUGCCUCCUGUUCGCUGUGUGGCCUGAGUGGCUGGACCUCACAGUGUCUCCUGGUGGGAUCUGCUCAGAGGUCUCAGCAAGGCUUGGUGUGGUUAGGAUGAGUUAUUAGAGCAGUGCUGAGCUGUGGCCAGCGCCUGACAUCAGCCACUGCCGUGAUAUACUGAGCACCUCCUCUAGAGAGAAUAAAGGACUGGCAAAGCUCUCCCACCCCCCAACCCUGAAUCUGUGAUCAGGGACCUAGGGCAAUUGUCACCUGAAAUCCAAGGGAGACAGGAAGGGUGUGGUAAGAACCGUGAGGCACAAGGCCCUGGGUCAAAUCCCAGCUCAGCCAUCUAUCAGCUGUGUGACUUUGGUCAAGUGCCUGCCCUCUCUGAGCCUUUAUGUCUCACCUGUGAAAAUACAAACACUGGCUGGGUGCUGUGACUCAUGCCUGUAAUCCCAGCAUGAGGGAUUACAUGAGGAGCUCAAGACCAGCCUGGCCAACAGGGUGAAACCCCGUCUCUACUAAAAAUACAAAAAUUAGCUGGGUGUGGUGGUGCGCGCCUAUAAUCCCAGCUACUUGGGAGGCUGAGGCAGAGAAUCACUUGAACCUGGGAGGCGGAGGUUGCAGUGAGCUGAGAUCGCACCACUGCAUGCCAGCCUGGGCAACAGAGCGAGACUCCGUCUCAAAAUAUAUAUA